AUGCCCGCGACUUCAAACCGAGCAAAGGCGAAGAAAUGCCAAAAAGCAUGUGCUCGCAAGAAGCAACCUUGUCGUUUUCCAGCGGAGGAUACCCGUGUCUCAGUUUCGGAGCGAUACUUGCGACAACUCGAGGCGCAAUUGACAACAAGUAGCAGCACUUCUCGCCAUUCUAAUACUCUAGAUACUCGCAACCUUGCCACAUCACCCUUUACUGGUGAUGAUGAUGUUAUUCUAUCUCCGUCUCAUGGGCCGUCGUUCCUCUUGGAGGAUCGUACGGCAGAUCAGUGGGGUGGUAUUUCUGAUGGACUUGGGUCAACCUUCGAUGCCAAUCAAACUAGGCAGAUCGAAAAUGGACAAUCAAGGGAAGAAGUCGACGUAGAACAUGAUGGGCAUAGGUCACGAUUUUCACGGAAUCCCUUGGUAGAUAGGGAUCCGUCUUUUGCAAUGACACCGGAUGGUCGAUUCUGGUAUAUGGGCCCGACAUCCUCAUGGUCAUUUUAUGGAAUGGCAGUUAAAUUGCAAUGGAGACCAGUGCCCGCAGAUGAAGUACCCGACGUCACGAACCUGCCACCUUUGGAUUAUGCACUCUUUCUUUUCAACACAGUCAAGUUUUACUUUGGUUUUCUAUCUUUCAUGAUCGACGAAGAAUCAUAUUUGCGACAUCUGUACGAGUUUUACGAACACCCAUCAAGCAAAGCCGCUUCCUCAAGGUACUGGUAUGCCCAAUAUCUUCUUGUUCUUGCCUUUGGGAAGGCAUUCCUUACUACUAGAAAUCCUUCUGGUACACCGCCUGGACACCAAUAUGCAUCAAGAGCAAUGUCCCUUCUCCCCGAUCUCUCUGGGAUGCAUGAAGAUCCUCUCACGUGCAUUCAGGCAUUGAGCUUGGGUGCAGUUUAUCUGCAAUCCAUUGAUAUGAGACGUGCCGCAUUCCAACAUAUCGGCCAAGCAUUACGUGGCUGUAUAAUUGAGGGAAUUCACCGCCACGUACCAGAGGAACUGUGCGGACCAGAACUGUCUAGCCGGUGCAGAACGAUAUUUUGGGUAGUUUAUAUGCUCGAUCGUGAUUUCUCGGCUCUAAUAGGGGCCCCUAGCUCUAUUAGAGAUGAAGAUAUCUCUGUGAGGCUACCUGCCGAGAUGGAAAGUUCUGUCGAGCACAGUAACCUGACACUGCAUGUGCGACUUUCUCGAUUGAUGGCUCAGACUUUGACUACUGUUUAUGGAGUUGGUGAUGAGUUCAAUGGAACACUAAUAAGAAACACCCAGUCAAUUCUCCACAGUAUGGCGGAGCUUUCGCACGACUUGACAGCUUUUUUGAACCAAAAUUUUCACGGAUUAAUCAGCAGAGCUUCGAAAAUGGCAAUCCGUCUUAUGUUGGCACAUCAUCAUUGCGUUGUGCUCACAACACGACCGCUGGUCAUGUGUGCUCUUCAUAUGCACAUUGAAAAGACGGAGAGAAAAACCUCACAGACGCUUUCGUUAUCUCCUCCCGUUGCGUCCCUUUUACAGUGCUGCGCCGACUCUGCUCAGACUAUUCUGCAAACCCUUCAAACUUUGGCAGAUGACGACUUAAUGGAUGCAUUUUUACCAUUUCAAAUUGAGGAUGCAUCUUCAUCUGCGUUUGUUUUAUACUUGAUCCGCGCCAUUGCACCAACACUCAUUCAUAGUAGCACCUGGUGUGACCACCUAGAAUGUGUUUUGGAUAAGCUGAUUUCGAAAGGGAAUCCAGCUGCCCCGCUCCGAAGACAGGAGCUCCGACAACUUGAACAAAUAUUGGCACCAUUGACACCCAGAUCUAAUCCAAUCCCUUUGCCAUCAAUCAACGUCAAUUCGGCCGCACAGGAUGAUAACGAAUUUAAUGAUCUGGAUAAUGUUGAUGUGGAAGAGGUAUUUGAAUGGGACCUUCUGGGGCUGAAUUCCUCGGUCAGUCUUCCACCACAGGAACUAUUGGAUCUUGCCGAUCAAUUGGAUGUCGAAAGCAUAAUGCAGUCUGUCGGUGGAGCCGUUGGAUAG